AUGGCAACGUGGAAGAGUCCAUACAAGUCUGUACCUGUUUCUAAGAUCUCAUUGGAUCAGAAGCUUAUGACUGCUAUGAUUCAUCAUAUGGAUGUUCAUCCGAAUAAGCCAGCUUUGAUCUGCGGUGAAGAUCCCAACAGUCGUAUUACUUACAAAGAGAUCUAUGUGUACUCACUUGCAGCCGGUACAUUCCUCUCUCAAAGAGGUUUUCGAAAACAUGUGAUGUGUCUGGUUCUUCCAAACUCAUUCGAAUACGUAGUCGGAUAUUUGGCUGCCAACAUGUGUGGUGGAGCUAUAAGUGGAGCAAGUGCCAUGUUUACAGAUUAUGAGCUAGAGAGACAGUUCUUGGAUUCUGGAUGCACUGUCGUGUUAACAGACGAUGCUAAUCUGGCGAAAGUUCGAAGGGCGGUUGAGAAGUGUCCUUUGAUCAAGACUAUCAUUUGUACGCGAAAAGAUAAAAAAGAGCGAUUGCCAUCAAACGUCUUUGAUUAUGAUGAAGUCAUAAGAACUUCACCGUCGACCAUCCCACAAACUGAUCGAAGUGUCGAAGAUGUGGCUAUCCUUCCAUACUCAAGUGGAACAACCGGAUCACCUAAAGGAGUAAUGCUAUCACAUAGGAAUUUUGGAACAAUGAUCGAUGUUGUGAAUACUCACUUCGAGGAGAUUCUCUUGAAGAAGCUUCCUGAGUUCAAUUGGUACAAAGAGCAUGUAAUGCUUAUGUUGCCCUUCUAUCACAUCUAUGGAUUCGGAAAUCUGAACCAAUGUCUGUUGAAUGGUUCGACAGGAGUUGUGUUUUCCAAAUUCGAUCCAAAUCAUUUCUUGCGAGCAAUUCAAAGUUAUAAAGUGAAAAUUCUGAUGCUUGUGCCUCCUAUUGUAUUAUUCCUUGCCAAACAUCCAUUAACUACUCAAUACGAUUUAAGUUCAAUUCAGAUUGUGAUCACAGGUGCAGCUCCAUGCGGAAAGGAGUUAUGCGAAGAAUUUUAUUCAAAAUAUAAGAAUGUCAAAUAUAUGGCACAAGCGUAUGGAAUGACUGAGUGCGGUAUGGCUUCUCAUCUGCCAAUUCUUGAUGACAAGCAGAAUUAUGUGACUGUAGGAUAUGCUGCUUCUAAUUUCGAGCAGAAGAUUAUUGAUCCCGCCACUGGAAAGACUCUCAAUCAAGGAGAGAGGGGCGAAAUAUGUGUACGUGGACCAACUGUCAUGAAAGGGUAUUUGAACCGUAAAGCAGCUACUGAAGAGACAAUUGAUAAAGAGGGUUGGCUCCAUACAGGUGAUAUAGGCUAUGUUGACCAGAAAGGACAAACUUUCAUUGUUGAUCGCUUAAAAGAACUGAUCAAAGUGAAAGGAUUACAAGUCCCUCCAGCUGAAUUGGAAGAUCUCUUGCUAUCGCAUCCAUCAAUCAAAGACGCUGCUGUAAUUGGUAUUCCUGAUGGUAGAACAGGUGAAAAGCCGAAAGCUUUCGUUGUUCGAUCAGAUCCCAGACUAACAGAACGCGAAGUUCAAAAAUUCGUAGAAUCAAAGGUAUCUUCAUACAAGUAUCUUACUGGAGGAGUUGAGUUCAUUGAGGAAAUACCAAAGUCAGCUGCUGGAAAGAUUCUGAGGCGCUUUUUGCGCGACAGAAAGUCGAAAAUUUAA